AAUGGGGAGAUAACUCUAAUGUGUAAACAUAAACUUGUUGCAACCAUGUGGAGUGACCUGGUUGGCAAGAAGACGAGUGAAUUAGCACCUUGUUUUAUCGUCUACAGUUUUACAUAGAAAGAGAUUGCAUUGACAGCCAUCGACAUGGCGAAAACGCAAGUUUAUUGUGGUAUGGUAGUUCAUUCUACAAGGAAAGACUGUCUGAAAAUACUUCAGAACCAUGCUAUCGGAGUUAAAGAAGGAAAGAUUGUGUUUAUUGAAGAAUUAAAGAAAUUUCAACAGAAAGUGAACGAAAAAGAUCAUGAAGUUAUAAAAAUCGGUAAAAAUGGAUUUCUUAUGCCUGGGAUGAUAGACACUCAUAUACAUGCUCCGCAGUACCCAAACGCAGGGAAAGGAUUAGAUAGGGGACUCCUAGAAUGGCUGACCACCUACACGUUUCCUACAGAGGCCAAAUUUAAGGAUCUUGAGUUUGCAAAAUCUGCAUACAACAGAGUCGUGAGGCGAACUUUGGAGAAUGGAACAACAACGGCCUGUUAUUACGGAACCAUACAUACAGAGGCUUGUCUGGUAUUGUGCGACAUCAUAGAGGAGAACGGUCAGCGAGCACUUGUUGGUAAAGUAAACAUGAACGCUAAUUCCCCAGAAUACUACAUUGAAGAAUCUGUGGACAAAUCUAUUUCGGAAACACGGAAAUUUGUUGAUGACGUUCUACAGAAGAAGUAUGCCCGAGUAUUGCCAAUCAUCACACCUAGGUUUGCAAUCAGCUGCAGUCAACAGUUAAUGGAUGCGUUAGGUCUUCUAGCCAUCGAGAAAGACUUACAUGUGCAAACACAUAUCUCGGAAACAAAGGAUGAGUGUGAAUCAGUAGGUAAAAUGUACCCAGACUAUGAAGACUAUCUGGAUGUUUAUGAUAAAGCUGGACUCAUCCAUGGCAAGACUGUACUAGCUCACGGGAUUUACUUAUCUGAAAAAGAAAGGAAGAAGAUCAAGGAGAAAGGUGCAUCUAUAUCCCACUGUCCAAACUCCAAUUUAUCAAUACGAAGUGGAAUUUUUAAUGCACGCCAGUGUCUUUCAGAAGGUAUAAAAGUAGGACUAGGUACAGAUGUAUCUGGAGGGUACAGUCCCUCAAUACUUGAUGCUAUGAGGACAGCGAUACAUACUUCCAACAUGUGGGCAAUCAAAGACCCCACCCAUAAACCCAUCAACCACAGGGAGGCCUUUAUGAUGGCAACGUAUGGUGGAAGUCAAGCUCUAGCAAUUGAUCACCUGUGUGGAAACUUUGAAGUCGGGAAAGAAUUUGAUGCUCUCUUGAUUAAACUUGAUUGCCCUGGCUCACAGAUUGACAUAUUUGAGGAGGAUUCUUUAGAAGACCUGGUGCAGAAAUUCAUUUACCUAGGUGAUAGCAGAAAUAUUCAAAAAGUUUUCGUUAAGGGGGAGGAUGUUUUACAACGAAGCAUUGCAGAAAAUGGAUCUCAGGAGUAAUGAGGGAUGCCAAGGAUUAAAAGGAAGGAAAUCAAUCUCAUUAGAUUAGAUUUAUUUCAGAUCACGACGUGCCUUUAAUUGCGAAAUGUGAUCAUAGACCAAAAGGAAUUAAAAAUGUCCUUCAUAUUGAAGUCAACGGCUUUUUUUCAGCAGUAUCUGCAAAUACAAAUAUGUAAACUUAAAGUAUUACUUCCCUUGCAUUUUCGAAAAAAAAUAAAUAAGAAUUUGCCAUAAUAAGCUAGUAGUACGUGAUUAUUGCGAUAGAUGCUUUAUUUUUUUGCAGGUCUGAUAUUUUACGACAGCUCUACCAAAGUUAAGGGGGGAAAUAUGAAAUUUAAGACGUUGGAUAUGUCAUUACAUGUAUUUUUAAAGGUUGUUUAAAAAUAGUCAUGUGAGAAGUUGCUAAUGAUAACGUUUCUUUUUGAAAUCUUUACGAAGAAUGUUAUAGUUUUAAAGAAAACAUUUUUUAUGUGUUGUUAGAUUGCAGAUAAAAGUAUGUUUAUAUUUUUGAAAUAUUUAUAGGAAAACAGUAUUCUUUUUGUGUAUUUA